UUCACAAACUAACUAAUCUGAACAAGAUAUAGCCAUGAAGAGAUACUCGGCAGGAUCUAUCUUCUUCUUCUUGGUUUUCUUCUUCUUCUUCGCGGCUCAUCUUCCUUAUUCGGCUAACGGGCAGCAGAUAUCGACGUCAUGCACCAACUUGCUUAUGAAGAGCUUCACUCCCUGUUUGAAUUUUCUGACAGGGAGCACAAAUGGAGGAGGAGGUGGAUCUCCGACGUCUGAGUGCUGUAAGUCACUUGGCGUGCUGAUCAGUAGCAGCACGCAGUGCGCUUGCCUUGUAAUAACUGGCUCUUCGUCUCUGCCUAUUAAUCAAACGCUUGCCAUCUCACUUCCUCGCCUUUGCAAGAACACACAUGUGCCACUUCAGUGCAAUUCUGACGUGGGAUCACCAAUUCCAGGUCCAGGUCCAGUCAGCUUUUCACCUGCGCUUCCUCCACUGCCAACUCAGACCGAUACUCCUCCAUCCGGAACAGUGGACUCACCACCACCGUCCGUUAUUCAGUCCCCACCUGCAGCCACAUCUCCACCGUCCAUCUCUACCACUCCGGCAGACCAAGGGUCUGGUGAUCAGGGACUGCAGCAGUUGAUUCUACCUAAUUCAGCUUUGAAGAUUUCAACCCUACACUCUUCCUUUGCAGUGAUGUCUAUGCUCGCAAUUAUCUACUUAUUUUAAUCUGAUUUUUUUUCUUUUUUUUUUUUUUGAGGGCUUAGAUCAGUUGUUAUAUAUUGUGUAUGGGUAGGAUUCAUAGUAGUUAGGGGUGGUGUGCUUUUAGAGAUGUUCUUUGUUUGAUGAAUGCAUUCUAUUGGAUUAUGGAAUAAUAAAAAAAUAAUGUAAUAUCUUUUUGUUUUA